AUGCUCCGUGUUGGGUCCUGGCUAUAUGGCAAAAAGCCGGCCAAUGCGUCUCAGUCAAUGGAUUCAUUGGCUGAAUUGAGAGACUCUGCAACCUUUAUUCUCAAUGACGACGUCGAAAGUGCUGAAGAUGGUCUCGCUAAGGGAGACUCAACCUUUCACAAUUUGGGAAAAGGCAUGGUAGCAUUUGUUCGCGCAACCCUAGGCUUUGAACAGGAUAUUAUGAGACAAGGUCCGCAGGGAGAAAAGUCCACAUGUCCAUUGAAUCCACGGCUGACACUUCCACCAGCAUCUGAACGAUUAAGCGAAGCGGAAACGAGCGCCUCGAACGAACAGCACCGCGCCCAGCAGAAUCCUAAUGCCCCGAAUGCCUUCCGCUCGGAGAUUUACGGCCCCGGCACAGAAUACGCUCUGUGCCAGGCUAUUGCACAGCUGCUGAGCGCCGUGGUCGGAGUCUUGAACGAGAGUUUGACAGAGAGCGUCAAGGCGUUCUAUCGACUGCGCAAGGCGUACAUUGCGUUGGAUGCAAUCUUGAAAAUGGAAGAGAAGUUUAUGGAAACCCACAGGCAGAAGCAAGGCCUCCUAGCUCGCUCCAGCGACCUUUCCAAAGCGAGUUCUAGUUCCGAUUCAAAGCUAGCAGAGACGUCUAGCAUGGCCUCGUCGCUCAAAGGUCCGUCCACGACUGUCAAUGGGGUGACUCCUUUGGAUGAUCUUUCGAACAGUGUCUCCGGCUUGAAAAUCGCGAAAAUCGCACAAGAAGCUGCCUCCGAGCCAGUUUCACGUACAUCCACUCCCGCCAGCUCGACUAAUAUUACCCAUGACCCCGACUCGGACAUUUUCAAAAAUGACAUCGACAUCUUUAUCCACUCCGGCGCCAAUUUCUGUUUCGGAAUUCUUCUGAUCCUCAUCUCCAUGAUUCCACCAUCUUUCGGCAAACUCCUAUCCAUCAUUGGGUUCCAUGGAGACAAGCAGCGCGGUCUAAGAAUGCUCUGGCAAGCUAGUAAAUUUCACAAUUUGAUCGGAGCCUUUGCUGCCUUGGGGGUCCUGGGCUAUUACAAUGGGUUUGUGCGGUACUGUGACAUCAUGCCAGAUCCGACCCCGGGCGAAGAUGAUGUUGAAGGCUACCCGGCCAAGAGAUUGGUGGGAUUGUUGGCAGAGAUGCGCACCAGGUUUCCAGACAGCCGGCUUUGGUUGCUGGAGGAAUCCCGUAUGGAGGGGGCGAACAAGAACCUAGAGGGUGCAUUGGAGCUUCUUUGUGAUAACAAAAAGAGUCCUUUGAAACAGGUGGAAGCACUCUGUGUGUUUGAGAAGAGUUUGAAUGCCUUGUUCUUGCACAAUUACUCCGCAUGCACGGACGCGUUUAUUGAGUGUGUCGAUCUCAACUCCUGGUCCCGAGCAUUGUAUUACUACAUUGCUGGAUCAUGCCAAGUUGCCCUCUACCGUCAGUCCCUCAAGGAUGAUCCCAAAAAGGCCGAGGAAUACGCCCAAAAAGCGAUCGAAUACAUCCGCAAAGCACCAUCCUUUGCAGGCAAGAAGAAGUUCAUGGCCCGCCAGCUGCCUUUUGACGUUUUUGUCACCCGUAAGAUCGCUAAAUGGGAGGCCCGAGCCAAGGAGUGGGAUGUUUCUCUGAUCGAUGCCAUUGGCGUGGAUCCCGUUGAGGAAAUGAUCUUCUUCUGGAAUGGACACAGCCGUAUGACCGACGGCCAGCUAGAGGAGUCAUUACAGCGACUGGCAUGGUGCGAGAGCGAUGCAAACCCGACCUGGUCGCGUGAAGGCGCCGAGGGGCAGGCCAUUUUGGACCUUCUGCGCGCUGCCGUAUACCGUUCUUUGCGCCAGAAUGAGAAGGCCAAGAGCAUUCUCAAGACCAAGGUUCUCAGUAAUGAAAAGUCGCUGUUCAAGGUUCAUUUGAACGAUAACUGGGUUCUUCCAGCUGCUCACUUCGAGAUGGCGGCCAAUCUGUGGAUGGAGCGUCCUGGUUACCAACCUUUGCAUGGGUCCUCCGGUAUUUCACAGAAUUCGCAGAAUGAGUCAUCUCCCGAAUCAGGCAACUCCAAUGCCUCUGGUGUCGAAGCCGAGAAAACGCUUGUCCAGCAGUGCAAACAACAUUUGGAAAGUGCAGCCAAGUGGGAGAGCUAUGAGAUGGAGGCCCGUAUUGGCCUGAAAGUUACUGCCGGUAAGGAGGCUGUACAGAAGUGGGAGGCUUUACAUUCGGCAUGA